AUGGAAAUGGAAACUCUUACCGAGGUUGUUCGCUCGUCGAAGCAGAUCAAGUUCCAUGGAUUUUCUAUGAUACCUGCCAUGUCCGAUGGCGAUGUCCUCAAAUCGAGUCGAUGGAACGUCGGCGGCUAUGACUGGGAGGUUCAACUGUUUCCAAAAUCUGUUUUACUUUAUCUCUACUUACGUAGUGAAGUGCGCACGGACAGUGGUCUUAAGGUAACGUUCAGCGCUCGAUUAGUAGAUCCGAGUGGGAAGCUGAAGCCACACCAAGGGAAUCCGCCCGUGUCAUACUAUAAGUUCAACCGUUCUGGAGAGUCUUGUUAUGGAGGUGUCCUCACGACCAGAAGUGCUCUGGAAACAUCAGGUUAUCUCAAGGACGAUGCUUUCAUCGUGGAGUGCACCCUCGCGGUGCUCAGAGAAGUCGACAAAACUGCAGCCACUCGUCGCCCACGCCCAGCAGAUGAUCUAGUCCCGUCCUCCGGCUUGCACCACCACCUCGGCGAGCUCCUGCAAAAGGGGAUGGGAUCCGACGUGACGCUCGUCGCGGCCGGGGAGUCCUUCGCGGUGCACAAGGCCAUACUCGCCUCACGGUCCCCGGUCUUCAUGGCCGAGUUCUUCGGCGACAUGAAGGAGAAGCGCUCGCCGCGCGUGGAGAUCGAGGACAUGGAUGCCGCGAUCCUCGGAGCCAUGCUCCGCUUCAUCUACACCGACACGGUGCCGGAGCCGGCGGCGUCGGAGGACGGCGGGGCGGGCGCGACGCACAUGGCGCAGCACCUUCUUGCGGCGGCGGACAGGUACGGGAUCGACGGGCUCAAGGUGGCUUGCGAGGACAGGCUCUACGAUGGCGUCAGCGUCGACACGGCGGCGACGACUCUGGCCUUGGCGGAGCAGCACGGCUGUUACCAUCUGAAAGCCAGGUGCGUCGAGCUCAUUGCGGCAAACCUUGAGGCCGUCAUGGCGACCGAGGGCUACAAGCAUCUCAAGGCGAGCUGCUGCCCGUCGGUUAUGGAUGACCUCCUCAUGGCUGUCCACAGAAGAAAGAACUGA